ACUCCGCCAGAGAAAAAAUCCUUUUCCGCAGUCACGCAGCCGGAGAACUCGGCUAGCUGAGCUACAUGGAAUGUGAUGCGGAAAUCGAUGAAGUGGCCUCUUCUACUGCUAUCGAUGUGAAGACUUGACGCGUCGCUCUUCUUCCUUUCCCGCACUGCUGCCUGACCAGACAAUUCGCCAGGUACUACUACUUCGUACCAUGUGAAGCUACCAGCUGCUCUCCCUUUGUCAUCCUUCUUCUUCUUGAUACUACUUAUUGCGUUACCAGCUGGCUGAGAGACUAUUUCUGAUUUUCUGUCGUUUUGGACGCGUCGAAGGCUGACCCCGCAACUGCUUACUGCUACUUGGAGAGAAAUUGCAGCCGUGAUGGAUUGGUUUGGCGAGCGAGCCCGAACGCCGUAUCAGUCGUCGGUUCAUGACAAGACUUUUACGACGUAUCCAGAUGAGUGGACAGCAUCUGACAACGAGAGAGAGCAUGCAUCUGCACAAGCUCAGAGUCAGCCGCCGCCAGACGCUUCGCACAAGCAGAGGCGAUAUAAGCCACGAACCUGUCGUAUUUGCCUCGAUGUCGUGGAACCAAAAUACCCUUCAAAUUCGGGCAAGCCGGUAUACGUAUCCGAUGACGCCGAGCUAGGAAGGCUUUUGUCCCCCUGCAAGUGCAAGGGAUCGCAGAAAUAUGUGCAUGAGGGAUGUCUCAAUUCUUGGCGGCUAUCAAACCCCACGGCCCAAAGAAACUACUGGCAAUGCCCAACGUGCAAGUUCUCCUAUCGACUGGUGCGCCUCCAUUGGGCCUCGAUGCUAAGUAGCAAAUGGGCUCAGGCCGGGCUGACGGUGGCUAUACUUGUUGUCAGCAUAUUCUUUCUGGGAUUUCUGGCAGACCCGCUCAUCAAUCUUUGGGUUGAUCCCGUCGGUACAAUCAGCGAAACCGUUACGAGCGUGGUGACGGAUAUUGAAGCGCUUCAGGAGCCAGAUUGGGAGCCGCCGACGACAUGGGUGGAGCAUUUCACAAAGGGCUUCUUCUCCCUUGGGCUCGUCGGCAUCUUCAAAUCCAUGCUCGCCGUUUCGCCGUGGCAUUGGUGGAACCUGCGCAGCAUGACGGGCCGACGCCAGGAAGGCGGAAGAGCAAGAGUUGAAAACAUCAGCAUUUUGUUUGUCAUUAUCGGGGCCUUUACCGCCCUGAUGGGAAUAUGGAAAGGGGUCAAGAAGCUCAGUGAACGAGUGCUGAAGAAUGUGAGUGAGAGAGUCUUGGAUGUCGGCGCUGACGACGAUGACGGUGACCUUGAUGAGGACGAAAGGAAGGACCAAUGAUGAAACUUUGCUGCCUUCCAUGCGGAUCUACCAUUGCUUUCCACCCUUAUGUUGACGAUAUCCCAACGUUUUGCACACUCUUAAGUUGUCUCGAACUCGCUCUUCCGUGUCAAGCCAACUAGUCUGCGUGCAAAUAGCGACGCUCUACCAUUGCCUUGGGCAAAGGCCGUCUUGGUUCUUUGUCCGCUGGCAUGGUAUGAGAUUUGCCGGUGCGUUUUUGCGUGCUCGAGAAGCCCCUUGGGGAUUCAAGACACUGCGAUUCCAGCGAGUAUCUGCUCCGUACGCCAUAGUACACCUACCUUGAAGCAGCAUCAUUUGGACAGCCCGGCACAUUUUGUUACAUAGAGUGUUGAUUGUAUAAUUUAUGAUUUACUAUAAUUCUUGUUUUUCAAUGUAACCAUUAUACCCGUUAAACUGUUGAG